AUGGUCGCGUUCUUUGGCACCUUGGUCUUCGCCGCGCUCGGGUUCGCGUUCUACGCCCACGUCGAGAGCUCGGCGCCGGCGCAGAGGAAGUCGUUUUUGCACGUCAUGUACCUCACGAGCGUGUUUUGUUGCUGGUUCAUGUGGGUGGUGAUUUACAUGGCGCAGAUGAAGCCGCUCGUGCGACCGGUGUCGAUAGAUUGGCGAAGCGAUUGA